AUGAACGACUGGAAGGAUGACAUGAAACGGCUUUUAAUGAAAGCAGGAGCAGAUGGCAAACCUACGACAUUCAUUUUCGGCGAUCAACAAGUGAAAGAUGAGGCUUGCUUAGAAGAUAUUUCUUCCUUGCUUAAUUCUGGAGACAUUCCGAAUCUCUUUGCGCCAGACGAAAAAGCAGAGAUUUUAGAAAAGAUGACUGCUGCGGCGAAGGCAACAGGCAGAAAGAUAGAUUCAACACCACUCGCUCUGUAUGGUUACUUUGUUGAGCGAGUCAAAAGUAAUCUUCACGUUAUCCUGACUUUUUCGCCGAUUGGCGACGCUCUACGUAAUCGUCUUCGCAGUUUUCCCAGUUUCAUUUCUUGUUGCACAAUCGACUGGUUUCAUCCUUGGCCAGAAGAUGCUUUGGAAAUGGUUGCCAACACUUUCUUGGAAGAGCUGGACUUAGGGGAUGCAGGACACCGAGGUUGUGUUCAGCUCUGCAAACAUUUCCACGAAAACAUUCGUGACCUUUCCGAAGAAUUCUUUGCCAUUCUAGGCCGAAAGAACUAUCUUACUCCGACUAAUUAUCUUGAGCUCAUCAUGACUUUCAAACAGCUUCUGCAGCAAAAAAGACUUGCAGUGACGCAGCUUAAAGAGCGAUAUUUAGGAGGUCUUGAAAAACUCGCUUUUGCGGCAGCCCAAGUUGAUGUUAUGAAAGAAGAGAUUAUCGCGAAACAGCCGGUCCUUGAGGCAACCUCAAAAGAGACGGUCAGAAUCAUGGAAAAAAUAGAAGUUGACAAAGUGGAUGUUGACGCCAAAAAAGAGCUCGUGCAAGCGGAUGAGGCAAUCGCAAACGAAGCAGCCACAGCGGCGAAAGCCAUCAAAGACGAUUGCGAGGCUGAGCUGGCAGUGGCAAUGCCAGCACUUAAAUCGGCCAUUUCCGCGCUGAACACGCUCAAGCCAGCCGAUAUAACCAACUUGAAGUCAUUCAAAAACCCACCGACACUGGUCAGACUUGUUUUGGAGGCUGUUUGCGUGAUGAAGGGCGUCAAGUCAGAGCGAAAACCAGGCCCCGAUGGAAAAAUGAUGGACGACUUUUGGGGACCCUCGCAGAAAAUGGUCGGAGACGUGAAAUUCCUUGACUCACUCAAAAACUACGACAAAGACAACAUUCCUCCUGCGAUCAUUAAAAAGAUCCGCGAGAAAUACAUUCCGAUGGACGACUUCAAGCCCGAGACAGUGGCAAAAGUGUCGACCGCAUGUGAAGGAAUGGUCAAAUGGAUUAUCGCAAUGGAAGUCUACGAGAGAGUAGCUAAAGUCGUGGCGCCAAAGAAGAUCGCACUCAAACAGGCAGAAGAUGAUUUGAAGGUUCAGAUGGAUACUUUGAAGAUCAAACAGGCAGAGUUGAAAGAGGUCGUCGACAAACUGACAGCCAUGGAGAACGAACUGGAGGAAAAGAAGCAGAAGAAAAGAGAGCUUGAAGAGGACAUCAACAUGUGCGAAUUGAAGCUUGAUCGAGCGGAAAAACUUCUUUCCGGCUUAGGCGGAGAAAAGGCAGCUUGGAAAAAGAGAGCGGAAGAACUCACAGAGCAGCUAGAAAGACUCACUGGCGACGUCCUUCUUGCUUCUGCCUAUUCUGCUUAUGUCGGCCCCUUUACUUCAGAUUUUAGAAGAAAAGCGAUCGACAACUGGAUGGUUGCAAUGAAAAGUGUCGGUAUCGAACACAACCCAGUUUUUUCGCUUUCUGAUAUUCUCGGAGAUCCAGUUAAAAUCCGCAACUGGCGAUUGGCCGGCCUCCCUGCUGACGCGUACUCGACAGACAAUGCGAUCAUCCAAAGCUCCAGUCGUCGUUGGCCGCUUAUGAUUGAUCCGCAAGGACAAGCUAACAAGUGGGUGAAAAACAUGGAGAAGGGGCUUCAUGUUCUGAAAAUGUCGAAUCCGAAUUACUUGAGAACUCUCGAAACUGCGAUCCAAUUCGGCCAGCCAAUGCUCUUGGAAAAUGUUGGCGAAGAGCUUGACUCGGUUUUGGAACCAGUCUUAUUGAAACAGACUUUUAAGUCGCAGGGAGUCGAAUGCAUCAAACUUGGAGACUCGACAAUCGAGUGGAACAAAGAUUUCCGACUGUAUCUGACGACUGUUCUCCGGAAUCCUCACUACUUGCCCGAGGUUUCCGUGAAAGUUUGCAUUUUGAACUUCAUGAUCACGCCCGAUGGACUCACAGACCAGCUUCUUGGAAUUGUGACGGGAGAGGAGCGUCCGGACUUGGCAGAAGUGAAGAGUAAACUCAUCGUAGAAGGCGCUCAAAAUAAAAACAAAUUAAAAGAAAUCGAGGACAAAAUUUUGGAGGUGCUUUCGUCGGACGGAAAUAUUUUGGAAGACGAGACGGCGAUUAAAAUCCUGAGCUCCUCAAAGACGCUUUCUGAAGAAAUUCAAGCGAAGCAGAAGGAAGCAACAUUAACGGAAGCGAAGAUUGAUCAGACACGAGCAGAAUAUCUGCCAACAGCGAUUCACGCGUCUGUUCUUUUCUUCUGCGUCCAGGAUUUGGCUGCCAUCGAGCCAAUGUAUCAAUACAGUCUGACAUGGUUUGUUAACCUUUUUCUGAAAAGUAUCGUCAAAUCGAGAGCGCCUGGUUACGACGCGAAAACAGUGGAUAUUUCCAAGCGAAGUUGCCAGUUAAACGAUCACUUUACUCUGGGAUUGUACAGAAACAUUUGCCGCUCUUUAUUCGAAAAAGACAAGUUCUUAUUCUCGUUCACGCUGACGACGGCGCUGAUGAAACAAGCGGGAAGAUUGGACGAGCCUGGAUACCGCUUUCUUCUAACUGGAGGCGUUAGUCUAGUGGAAGACCUCGAACCUAAUCCAGCGCCGCAUUGGUUGCCGGACAAAACAUGGUCCGAGCUUGGCAAUCUAACUGAGCUCGGAAAAGAUCAUGAGCUAUUUUCGACGCGAAAAAAUCUCGAUCUUGCCUGUUGGGAAAAAGUUUUUGACGCUUCUGAUCCACACAAUAUGACUUUUCCCGCGCCGUAUGACUCGAUUUCGUCCAUGUCUCGUCUUGUCCUGCUCCGAUGUUUUCGACCGGACAAGGUCGUUCCAGCUGUUCAGCAAUUUAUCGAGACUGAACUGAACAAUAGAGCGUUUGUCGAGCCACCAACGUUUGAUCUUGCUGGAUCAUUUGACGAUUCCACAAAUACAACUCCUCUUGUGUUCGUUCUGUCACCUGGAGCCGAUCCGAUGGCCGCGCUGCUCAAAUUUGCAGCGGACAGAAGUUUCAACGAGAAAAUGGAAACAAUUUCGCUCGGUCAAGGUCAAGGACCAAUAGCACUAAGAAUCAUCGAAAAAGCCGCCAAGUAUGGUGGCUGGGCAGUUCUUCAGAAUUGCCAUUUAGCCGCUUCGUGGAUGCCGACUUUGGAGCGCGUUUGUGAAGAGUUCGGAGAUCGCAAGGACCUCCACGAAGAUUUCCGUCUUUGGUUGACUUCCUAUCCAUCCGGCGACUUCCCGGUUUCUAUUCUCCAAAACUCUAUCAAAAUGACCAACGAGCCCCCGCGAGGUCUGCGAGCAAACGUUAUCCGAUCUUACUCGUCUGAUCCGAUCUCCGAUCCGGAUUUUUUCGGCGGCUGCACGAAAGAAAAACCUUGGAAAAAGCUUCUUUUCGCGCUUUGUUUCUUUCAUGCCUUGAUUCAAGAAAGACGGAAAUUCGGGCCGCUGGGAUGGAACAUUGCUUAUGAAUUCAACGAGUCAGAUCUGAGAAUCUCCAUGCGACAAAUAUCGAUGUUCUUGGACGAGUACGACGAGAUCCCCUUGCCGGCGCUGACCUAUCUCACUGGCGAGUGCAAUUAUGGCGGCCGCGUUACAGAUGACAAGGACAGACGCCUACUGGGCUCGAUUCUCUCGCUUUUCUACAGAACAGAGACUAUUGAAGACGACUUUUACAAGUUCUCGCCGAGCGGUCACUAUUUUGCCCCGCCGAACGGAACUUAUGAAAGCUAUCUUGAAUACAUUAAAUCGCUGCCUCUGGAGCCACUUCCCGAAGUCUUCGGCCUCCAUGAAAACGCGGACAUUUCCCGUCAGCAAGCAGAAACUCAACAACUCUUCGACAAUGUUCUGAUCACUCUUCCUCGAGCGACAGGGAGUGCGGGAUUGACCCCACAAGAACAGGUGCAGCAGAUUGCUGAGGACAUUCUCCAGAAGCUUCCAAAUGUCUUUGACAAUGAAGCAAUCUAUAAAAAAUUUCCAAUUAUCUACGAAGAUAGCAUGAACACAGUGCUCAAACAAGAGCUCAUUCGAUACAACAGUCUUAUUCGAACAAUAAGGCUGAGCUUACAGAACUUGUGCAAGGCGAUCAAGGGAUUGGUCGUAAUGAACUCUGAGUUAGAAGAUGUAUUCGAGUCGAUGCUGAUCGCUAGAAUACCUCCUGCCUGGGCGAAGCGCAGUUAUCCUUCUCUUAAAAAACUGGGAGGCUACAUCGCUGAUUUGACAGCCCGACUGGACUUCCUUCAGACUUGGAUCAACAACGGAGCCGCGCCAGACUGUUUCUGGAUUUCUGGAUUCUAUUUUCCGCAGAGUUUCUUAACUGCUGUGAACCAAAAUUACGCCCGAAAGUACCAAAUCCCGAUCGACUUGAUUGGCUUUACCUUUGAAGUGGUCGAAGCAGAGGCCCCGGAAGACAUUACAACCGCGCCAGAUGAUGGUGCCUUCAUUUCUGGCCUCUAUCUGGAAGGUUCAAGAUGGGACCGCAGAGCUCAGAAACUCAAUGAGUCAAAGCCAAAGGCUCUUUACGAUCCGCUACCAGUUGUGUUGUUGAAGCCGACGGAAAAAUCAAAUAUUUCUAGCAAGGGAAUGUAUGCAUGUCCCGUUUACAAAACCAGUGCGAGAAAAGGAACUCUUUCGACAACAGGCCAUUCAACGAAUUUUGUGCUGUGGCUUCAACUACCGACUGAGCAGAGCGAGCAACACUGGAUCAACCGAGGAGUCGCGGCACUUUGCGCACUUGACAAUUGA